AUGGAAGAACAGAAUAUAUCAUUACUUUCUCCACUAUCACCACUGCCACCACCAUCUUUAUUGUCUAUACCCACUACCAUCACCCAAGAUUUCAGCUUUUUCAAUGAUACCUUCUUUGAAAAGCCACUUUCUGGCUUGGUAAACGUUGGAGACUUUGGUCCUUCCUUAUAUGAGUGGUUAGACAUCGUAGAAGAAGAUGCCCCGCCAACUGAAACGCCAAUAAAGCAUCCUCUUCCAUCGUUGUCUCCAUACGUACUUAUUCUAGAAUCUUCUGAAGUAGUUGCACAGUCACAAAAUCCAGUCCUUUCCAUAAUUCCAUCCAAUCUUGAGGUGGUCGUUUCUAACAAUAACUUCACCAACAACAGAGUUGGAGGGUGGUUGAAACUUCGAGCAUCAACGAUGGCAUUGGUUGCUGAUACCAUGAGCAUGAACAACAAAAGGAAUAAAAAUAAUCUUUCGAAAAUUACUUACUUGACAGAGAGCGAGUCUGAAAACCUCGAAGAUGGUUAUAAAUGGCGUAAGUACGGCAAAAAAUCACUCAAAAAGAGCCCUUUCCCAAGAAGCUACUAUCGUUGCACUGCAAUUGGUUGCAAUACGAAGAAGCGCUCCACCGUUAGCCCCAAAUUUAGUAGAGGAAGCGGUGUACAGAAACCUGUACUUUCAGAUGCAAGUGCAGGUGCAAGGGAAAGAAAGCAUGCCAAUAACAUUAUUACUUGUGUUAAUGUUAGAACUGAUAGUGAUAGUUGUGUUAAUGACGUUGGCUCGAUUGAGGAUAUUGGUACCGGACUGCUUGAGGAUAUUUUAAUUUGUCAUCAAUAG